AUGUCUACAGCACAGAGUUGUAAUUUUUCAUACAAAAUUCCCUAUUUUGAAACACCAAGUGAAGGAUCAACACACUUUAAUGUUGGUCUCUGCAUUGGAAAACAAUUUAAAGAUCAAAUCAAUGAAUAUUUGACACGAUCCGAUCUUCCCUUCCAAUCAAUUUAUUUACCCUAUGUAUUAUCAAAGAAAGAUGAUCAAGAUGAGUCAAGAAGAAUUGAAAAAGAGGCACAAUCAACAUCUUCCGAAGGUGAUCAUUAUGCACUGUUGAGACCUUGGAUUCAACUUGUUGAUGAGCACUUUCCGAAAUAUGUUCAGGAAAUUCGUGGAUUAGCUGCAGGUUCAGAGCAACCAUUCGAGUGGCUCUUCAUGUUGAACAUGUUGAAUGAAUUGAGGGGUAAAAUAUUGCACGAUGAAAGAUUGAAGGAUAAAAAGACGACAAAAGUUGGAGGAUGCUCUGAAGUGUUUGUCUGUUGUAAAACCAGUGAAAUGGAAAGGGCAUUGAUGGCUCACAAUGAAGAUGCUGAUAAGAGUAUGGGCGAAUAUUCAUAUAUUGUGAAGAGUAAUUAUUUGGAGGAGAAUGGAUCUGUUGUUAGGAGUAUGGUUGCCUAUCAUUAUCCUGGAACAAUUGGAGGAAAUACUUUUGGAUGGAAUGAAUAUUUGGUUUUUGGAACGAAUGGAAAAUCACCAAAGAAAACCCUCACAGAAUCUUGUGGAAUACCAAGAUGUUUCAUUAAUAGAUAUGUGUACGAAUCAAAGAGUAUUGAGGAGGUUCACACAAGGUUGGAAGAAUAUGCCCUUCUUAGUUCAUCAGGAUUUUCCACCAAUGUUUCAACUCGAUUUAUUGUUAAGGAUGACGUGAAUGAUUUUUAUCAAAUGGCUAAUAUUGAGUUGGCUCCUUCUCUUGAUGGUAAAGAAAAGCAAGUUUCUAAAUAUUCUAUUCCAAUUAAGAGAAAUAAUUCAGAUCAACCUCACUAUGUACAUAGGAGGAAGUCCCAAGCUCCAGGCACAGAUAUGCAAGAGCAAUGUGUCAUUCCAAUAUAA